AUGGCGGCAGGAGCUCGAACGUUUCCUCGUGAAAAUGAGGUUCUUGAAGGUUGUGAGGCAAACUUGUUGGUUAUUCCCUCAGCAAGGCAAGUUUACCAUAUGUUCUGUGGAUUGUGCAUGUACAGCACAAUGUUUGUUACGAUUUUCUAGCCUUGAUGUAUACGUAGGUUAAGACGGUUUUUUUUUCUUUGCAGGAGUUCAGAAACUGUGAGGAGACAAGAAACAGACAGUGGAGGCCUUAUGGAAAAUUUGCUUUGGAAAUCAACUACUGAUCUGAAUAGGCAAGUAUCAAAGUGACCUUCGUCAAUCAUUCUAAACAACAAUACUGUUAACGGUUUGUCAAGAUUAGUAGGACGUGACUUGACAUUUGUCUUUUUUAUGUUUGUAAGAUUUGCGGUGAAUCAAGCUCUUUGCCUGAAGGACCCCUGGAUGAAACUAACUUCUGCGAAAUCUAGCACUGUACACCAACACGUAAUUGAUAUGCUUUAAUCAGUUAGCCCAUAGAAUUAUCAGCUACCAGUUCGGAGUCAACUUUUCCAGUAUAUUUUCAAAUGCCUAAUAUACAAAUGUUUAGUAAUAUAAUGUACCAGAACAAAUUAAUUCUUUAGCCAGAAUGUUUCUUUCAUUGGUGUUUUUUCCUCCUCUUCAGUGAGUGCCCAAGAGCUCGUCUUCAGCCAUCAUCAGUUGGGGUGAGAUAUGUGCAUAACUAAAUGAAAGUGAUUUACUGUGGGAAUUGAGUUCUUCAGCUUCUACAUGAAGUUUGAGUUAGCAAAUUAUAACUUUUAAAUAGCUGAUAAUACAAGAGUACCAUCAUCAUUUUGAUUAUAACGUGCUCAAAGGUUCGCUUUCUGGUCAAAGUCCAUCAAAAUAUAGUGUUGCUAUUUCAAAUGCUCCACUCACGAUACCAUAUUGAAACACAGAGCUUGAUGACAAUACAAGAAAAUCCUAACAAGCAUCUGGGUUGUUUAGGGUCACAUUAAGGCAUUAACUAUUAUUAGCUCUUUUAAAAUUAAUAAUCUCAUUGAUUUAUUUGCAUUGCUGUUUAGGUUUGUGGCAAGGUUGUAGCAAGAGGCUCUCUUGAGCUGAAUGACUGUAAAAAGCCAAUAACUGGAGUUAUUUUCAGAGGGAGUAUUCCACAUCCCUCUAAACUUAAGAAAAAGAAACGGAAACGGUCCAACAACCCCCCAAGAAUGCGUCAAAGUCAACAAGGUUUCGAUGUGAUAGCUCAUGUGGCUCAGCUAAGAAGAAAACAUGUGGAAUUCAACUGGUAAAAUAUAUUUCCAAGCCAUACCUAAGCCUAAGCGUAAUUUAUGCUCAUUGGAUUUGUGAGAUGUUUGCACUCAAACAGUUGUUAUUACAAACAAAUUGCUCUGAAAAUUGUGAUAUAAUAUUCAGUAGCUGACCCUGUAUACAUAGUGAAAUCAUGUCGAUCUGCCUGUAAAAGUCACAUAAUAACUAAAUCUCCCUUUAUAGACUAUAUCUCUCCAUUAAAUUCUUGUCAUUUUUUAAUUAAUUUUUGACCUGUUAGAAGUUCUUAAGAGAUAUAAUCAGUAGUAUUAAUAUUACUUCAAGAGCAUGCCUUGGCCGAAAGGUUAGUACAUGGGACCACAGAUAGAGUGUUCUUACAGGUUCUAACGCAUAGAGUGCACUCCGACUAAUGCAUGUGUGCACAGACAAAACUGUAUGUUUCUAUACCCAGAAGUAUUAAUUGGUUUCAGUAAACUAUUUAGGAGACUAUUUGAAAUGCUGGGGGCAGGGAGUUUAACCUAAUACAGAUGAGCAUCCCAUUCAAGGAGAGUACUAACAACCCUUCUUGUUACUUCAAGUAAGAAGAAUAUCAGCGCUUCGACUCAAAAAAAAUGCAUGCCCAGUGGUUUACUUUUAAUUGAGGAUCUAGAUAAAUGUAAAAUAUAUUAACUCAUAGCACAAUUUCCAUCCUGUCAAGGCUUCCUACCAAUCAAAGAGAUGACUUAGCAUCUUCAAGUCACUCAGUAGAGGAAGAGCCAUUUCCACCUGGUAGUACAGGACCACAAUGUGUUCCCAGCACUCCAACUCUGCUAUCAAGUGAAUCAUUUGAGUUACAUCUACCUCCAACUUCACACAAUUCCAAGGAGAGGGCUAUGGAUCUUUUUAAUUCUUACUGCCAGGUAGUACAUUCAUAAUUGUCAGAGGAUAGAGAAGUAAAAGUUGAGGUUUAUGCUGUCUGUCAAAGCUGAAGGCAGGGACAGUAACACAAAAAAAAACUUUAAAAAUAUUGCUAUGAAGUCAAAUACGUUCUUGCUUGCUUUUAAGCACGCAUGGAAAAGGAAAAAAUUAUAUUGGCAUUAGUCACAAAAAAAUCAUUUUUCAGUGUUAAAGUUAAUCAUGUCAUUACAACAUGAAUCAAAGUGACACAGGUUAACUCUUUGAUAUACUGUGCAGAAUAUAAGCCAAUGAUCCUGUGAUUCCUAGAAACAGAAUUGAGCUGUCAUUCCCACAAAAGUCCUCCCUAAUUGAUGUACACAUUACACGAUCGCACUGACAUCCUUAAUAAGAUGCAUACUUUCCUCUUUUUCCUUUUCCGUACUAACGCUGUCACAGCUGACAACGCCACGAAAUUUGCAAGUCGAAUCCCCACACACAUCCUUAUGCUUUGCAUUUACACGAGUUAUGAAAACAGUCUCAAGUUGUAUUAUUGCGAAUACAAAUAUGAAAAUUGUUGUUAGUGGAAUACAACUUAAAAAAAGAAAUGAUACACUUACAGCACCGAGAUUUAUAGUAGUAACAACUACGUCUACCAUAGCAUUCAUUUAAAUCAGAGUAAUGAAAUAAUGCAAUUGAAAGUCCAAGUUUAGUUUUUUCCUUACCCAUUGUAUUCACGCUGCCAGUGUGGCUGUUCGUAUGGCCGAUUUAAGACUGUAAGACACCUAAAACGAAUCAGUGAUUAAUGUAUUGCAGACGCGUGGAUGUCUCUUGAAACAAACAACUCGUCAUGUAAUUUUAAUUUGCAUCGCCAUUUAGCAUCAUGUAUAUCAACUCAAUCUGUUUUAGUAAACUUUUCUGUCUAUACCGGAAUUACAGCUACCACAGAUAGUUACUGGGCAAUUUUCUAUACCCUCGUAUGCAGUUGCAAGGCGCGAAAGAUCAGUGGCGCAACUUCAGGAAGAGAAACUGCAUGAAAUAUCCUUUCUUAUAGCUAAUGUUUCAUAAGGCUGUUGACAUUUUAAUGUAUCAUAGAUUAGUCCAUAAAAUCUUUAGCAUUGUAUCAUACGUAGCUUACCAAACUGGUAAGUAGUUCAUUACAAGUAAAUACCCUGUUAGUGAUUCACUCCUUAACUUAAAAUACAGCCACCCGGAUACCAGACAUACCCAGUUGCCCAUCACUGACCGUUUAACUCCAGUAGUGGAACAACAGAGUUUGGCAGCAUGGCUAAAUCAUCAAAAUUUUCAAUAUUUACCAGAAAAACUGUUUCAUCCAAUUAUCUCAGAACCUCCCAAAGAGGAAUGA